CCGUAGCAGACCUACUCAGCGGACAGCGCGUCUCGGCGCGAUGGACGAAGAUGGCGGAAUGUCGCUGUUUGACGGGAUGGACUUCGUCGAUCCCUCCAUGCUGCACUCCCAAUCCGACGCCAGCCCCACCGUCGAUGGCGUCGAUGCCGUCAAUACUGCUAGUAGCUCGCAAUCUCCGGCGCCUAAUUCCCCCUCUGUCUCUCCCCCCGCUGAGUCACAAUCCGAGGAGCUUCUUUCAGCAGGCGAUCAAGAGAAGCCGAAUUUCUCUCCUCAAGCCCGGAUAGAGACGUCCACAUCCGAAGACACAGGAGACGCGAGAAAGUCCAUACCGUUAGAUCCUUCGCUGUUCACUUCGCCGUCACCAGCCCCACCAGCAGCCACUUUAGCAGCCGCGUCACCAGCCCCAGCAGCAAUCAUUGCGGGAUCGGCGGCGGGUAGCCCGUCGGUCCUCUCUCCCGCGGCUGCACUUGCCGCCCUCUCUCCCUCCACCGCUGUCCUCUCGCCGUCCCUCGCUUCUAUAACGGCGACAGCGGGCAGCGUCGGCUCACCCAUUAGCGGCUCACCCAGGGCUAGCGUCACGCUGGUUGACUCGUCGGCCUCCUCAGGCGGCUCGUCAGCCGGUUUGACCGCCAAGCCUGCUGGCCUGGUUCGGAAGAAGAAGCGUAGCAUCAGGAUCGGGUACGCGCGGGACUCUUCUGAGGAGUCGGCGGGAUUGGCGGCAGGAUCUGCGGAGGCGAAUGGCAGCACCCAUGCAGCAGGCCUGGCGGGUUCAGGUAGCCAAUCAGAGAUGGAUGCUGCCGCGGCGGGCGGAGUGGAAGGAGGGACAGGGGAGGCGGGUAGGGGGAGUUCAGUGGAUGAGGCGAGGGAGGGGGGGAGCGGUGGGGUAACGCAGCAAGUGCUGCCUGCGAAGGAAAUGAAGAGUGGCGAAGGCAGAGACAGCUCUGCAGCAGAUGAUGCGGAUGGUGAAUCAACCGUCAGGAAUUUCAGAGACGAGGGUUUGGCUGAUAGCGCUGGCUCUGUUGUUCCUGCUGACGACAUCAAAUCUGGCAGUGACGUCAUCACAGAUGGCACGAAGAGAGAUACCCCGGACUCAGUUUCAGCAGGCAAUGGGAAGGCAGAGAGAGCUGAGGUGGAAAUGGAGGGAAAGGCAGCAGCAGAAACUGCUGACGUGGCAGGAAGCCCAGAAGUGGAAAUUCAGGAGGGAGACCAUGGAACUGUUGACCUGUCAUCUUCUCUAGCCACGUCAGCUGAACCUACUGGUGCAGCAACGUCUGACCUUGAGAAAGCAGAGAGAGAAGGAAUGGAGGGAGAAGCGGGAGAUGGGGUGGAAGCAAAGAAGGAGGCAGCAGAAAUCACGGCUUCAGAAGAAGAACCAGCAGCGGCGGCAGAGGAAAAGAAUGGGGGCAACGAUGAGGAGUCACAAGCUGCAGGUUUGGGGGGCGAGCUCGAGCGCGAAGUGAAGCGCCUCCUUGCUGACGUGGCAGCCAAGCUGGCCGCCGUGCAGGCCAAGAUCCGCGAUGCCACGUCAGCACGGAAACGGGCGGUCCAGAUGCGGCGGCAAGCAGCCCAGCGAGCAGCAGCCGCAGCGAAACGACUGGAGGAGAUAGAAGCUGAGCUGGCAGCGGCGUGCGAGGCAGAGGAGUUUGAGCUGGCGGACGAGCUGAGCCAGCGGGCUGAGCGAGUGGCGGGCGAGGUGAAGGACUGGGGGGGCGAGGUGGGGCAGGCGGAGGAGCAGGUGGCGCGCUGCAGUGGGGAGGUGCUAAGGCUGACAGCGGAGGAGGCGGACCUGGAGGUCAGCGCAGCCCAGGCUCUCAGGCGCAUUCACCGGCAAGCUGCGGCAGCAGCAGCGGAAGCUAAGCAGACAGCGGCGCAGCAGGGGGAGGAGGAGGAGGGGCGCGUGGCAGCAGAGGAGGCUGACAUGGAGAUCAAGAAGCGCAAGCUGGCAGUUGAGCGGCGCGUGCUGGACGAGGAGCGUGCUGAGCUGGCAGCCAAGGUGGAUGCUGCCACGUCAGCCGAGCGCCAGGAGCGUGAUGAGCUGGAGAAGGGCCGUGCUGAGCUGGAGGCUGAGCUGGCAGCGCUCAUGGAGCAAGUGCGGGCGAAGGAGCAGGAGAUCGAGCAGCAGAAUGUGCUUAUAGCGAAGGUGGAUGGGAAGAUCUCAGCCGUUGCUGGAAGGUUUGAGAAAGUGAGGGGAGGGCUGGAGGAGGAGGAGAGGAAGGUGGGGAGGAUGGAGGAGGAAGUGAGGGAGAUGGAGAAGAGGGUGGAGGAAGGGAGGAGGAGGGCAGGGGUGGUGGUGGAGGAGGGGAAGAGGGUGGCAGAAGGACUUGAACAGGUGGGGAGUAGAGCAGAGGAGGAGGCGAGGAGGCUAGAGGAGGCGGUGGAGGGGAGGAGGAAGGAGGCGGAGGAGGAGAGGGAGGUGGCGCGGAGGAGGGACGAGCUGGCGGGGGCGGAGAAACAGGCGCAGGCGGAGCUGGAGGCCCUUGGAGAGGAGAUGGGGGAAGUGAAGAAGUGCCUGCAGGACCUAUCCGUGGCAAGGCAGAAGGCACAAGUGGAGCUCUCCUCAGUGCAGCAGCGACUAGCCGCCGCUCAGAGGCGAAUCCCCGAGCUGGAGGCGGAGAAGAAGGCCGCCGCUGCAGCGAGGAACUUCAAAGAAGCUGCGAGGCUGGCAGCCGAGGCAAAGCUGUACAGCAAUGACAGGGACACUGCGGAGAGGCAGCUUCAGGAGUGUGAGGAGGAGAUUCGGAGGGUGGAGAGGGAGGAGGAGGGGAAGGGGGAGGAGCUGAGGACGAUGGAGGAGAUGGCGCGGGAGAGGGAGAGGGAGGGGGGCGUGGCGCGGUGUGCCCGGCUGAGACUGGUGGCGGUGGUGGCACGGAGGGAGAUGGAGAGCGCUGCGGAGGGGGAGGACUGGGAGGAGGCAGAGGGCCUCAAGGGCGAGGCUGAGGCGGCUGAUAGCGAGGCGGAUUCGCUGAAAGAACAGUAUGGACUGGAGGGAGAGGAGUAUGAGAGGAAGGAGUGAGGGGAGAAGUCAGUAUUGGCAUGGUUAAAGGACUGGGAGGAGGCAUAUGUAGGGCAGACGCUGGUGAUGGCAAAUUGGAUGUUCCUGUGUUGCAGCAUGGGCUUGAAGGGGAGGAGUAUGGGAGGACGGGAUGAAGAAUAACCAUAUAUGUUUUGAGACGCCUCCAAACUAGGCUGGUGAUAGCGCUGCAUGGGCUGGGGGGGGGGGGGGGGGUGAUGAGGGAGGAGUGAAGCAUGAGGGGUGUUGGGCUGUAUGUGCUGGAGGGGGAGGGUGCGAGUGGAAGGAGUGAGGAGAAUGUGGCGUGAAGAGAGACAGGGUUCAAAGGGAUGUUAUGGCAGAAUGUCACCAGCAGACUCGACAGGAUUGCACUUGGGGGGAGGGUGGAAGGAGAUGCGAGGGAAUCAUUGUGAGGAACGAGUGCAUUGCAGCAGUGCAUGUGUGGAGGGCAAGCCGAGGUGGGGAGGGGAAAAGGGAUUUGGUUGGAGGCUGAAGGAUGCCCAUGGGAUUAGAGUGGUUAAGGAUCUGGAGAAGGAUACAAUCAGAUGGCCUUUCAGAAGUAUAUGUACCCUAUCUUGCGCUAAGCAGGGAGCAAAUGCUGGUAGUGUUCCCUGCCCACAAUCAGGGAGAUGGCAUUCCCCAAACGAGGGAGUUCACUGGCAAAUCCAUGAGCAACUACAUCCCAGAAGGCACCCGAUCAAGCUAGUCUAAGUGAAUGUGUCAACUUAUAUUGUUAUGUAGAAAUUAUAGGCUAGAUAGGGUAUGUUCUUAGUGGGUACAACCCAAACGCUAUAUCUCUCCUGUUCUCCCUCCU